CAAAACCCCAACCGCCUCCCGCUCCCGCCGCGGCAGGGCCCGCCCCGCGAUCGGAUAUGAAGGGCGCGGCCGCGUGGAGGGGCCACGGCGGCGGCGUGGCGGCGGCCGUGGCCGACCACCUCGGCGCAAGCGUCGCCCCCGGCGCGCGGAGGGCCAGGCUCUGCCUCUACGGCGUCGCGCUCGCCUUCGCGCUCUUCGCCGCCUUCCUCGCCUUCGCGCCCUCGCUCCCUGCCCCCUCGCCGCCGUCCUCGCCCUCCGCCGCGUGGCUCGGCGGCUUCCUCGCCUCCGCCUCGCCCUACCGCGCGCAGGUCUCCGGCUUCUUCUCCUCCCUCUUCCCCGCCAACUCCUCCUCCUCCACCGUGAUUCCCGGCGGCGUCGUCGCAGCGAGGCGGAGCGGGCCGAGCGGUGGCGGGUUCCCGGCGGCGAGCGGCGGGCUAGCGGGGACCAACGGGUCCGGUGCGGGUGUGCCCGCCGAGCGAUCGGGAACCGGAGGCGGCGGCGGUUCGGAAGGAGUUCGCGCCGACAUCUCCGCCUCCGUGAACGCUACCGCUUCCGCGGCGCGGUCCAACGCGCCGCCCAACGAUCACGUGCUCGACAGUCCCGCGGCCAGUAAUUCCUCACGGAUAGCUGGUGCUGACGCCAAGGCCGGGGCUGGACUCCGCGGCGACAUCUCCGCUUCCAGUAACGGUACUACUUCGGCGGUGCAGAGCAGUAAUUCCACAGGGAUCGCCGGUGCUGCGAGCAAUAAUUCCUCGGGGAUCGCCAAGGCUGGUGUCACGAUCGGCGGUUCGGCCCAGAAUGGCACCGCGGCGACAGCAGGAGCGCCAAUUCUGGCCACCAAUGCCCCCGGGGCGAAUGCAAGUUCAGCGGAACCCCCAACGAGCAACGGGACAGCUGUCCCCUUCAUCAGCCAGACCGGGAGCGCAGUUUCAGCGGCGACGCACCGCAACGGCGACGCGCCGCCGAGAAGAGGGGAUCCCAGCAAGAAGCGCGCUGCCCAGGAUUCGGCGGCCGGCAGUACUCACAAGCAGAGUACAAGCAGAGCUCCUGCUGCUUCAGCUGGUGGAAGCAGCAACAGUACGAGGAAUCUGCAGAAGGAAACGACUGCAACUUCUUCUCAGAGGAGCGCCGGCAACAGCAGCGCGGUGCCGGUGAUGGGGAAUGCGCGGCCGGCGAAAGGGGCUGGAAUUGCCGGCGGUGGCCAGAACAAGGAGUACUCGGUGGAGGAGAUGGGCAGGUGCGACAUGUUCUACGGGAACUGGGUCUGGGACGAUUCGUACCCUCUCUACGCGCCGGGAUCAUGCCCUCACGUCGACGAGUCCUUCAACUGCUUCCUCAACGGCCGCCCCGAUAAGGAUUACCAGCGGCUCCGGUGGAAGCCCCGCGGGUGCAGCAUCCCGAGGUUGAAUCCAACUGAUAUGUUGGAGAGGCUGAGGGGAAAGAGACUGGUGUUUGUUGGUGAUUCACUCAACAGGAACAUGUGGGAAUCACUUGUUUGUAUCUUGAGAAAUUCUAUCAAAGACAAGAGGAAAGUGUUUGAGGUAUCUGGGAACCACAAGUUCAGGGCUGAGGGCUCAUACUCUUUUUUAUUUCAGGAUUACAAUUGCACUGUGGAGUUCUUCCGGUCCCCUUUCCUUGUUCAGGAGUUGGAGGUUCCUCUCAAACAUGGAAAGGUCAAGGAAACUCUUAGGCUUGACAAAAUCGACCGGUCUUCCUCAAGGUACAAGAAUGCAGAUAUUAUUGUCUUCAAUACUGGGCAUUGGUGGACACAUGAGAAAACUUCUCUAGGGAAAGAUUACUAUCAGGAAGGCGACCAAGUAUACCGUGAGCUGAAUGUGCAUGAUGCCUACCGGAGAGCUCUAAACACCUGGGCCAAGUGGGUUGAUUCAAAUGUGAAUCCCAAGAAAACAACCGUCUUUUUCAGAGGCUACUCGGCCUCCCACUUCAGUGGGGGGCAAUGGAAUUCUGGCGGCAGCUGUGACAAGGAGACUGAGCCGAUAACAAACGAGCAGUACCUCAUACCAUACCCACAGAAGAUGAGCAUUCUGGAGGAGGUGCUCCAUGGGAUGAAAACACCUGUCGCCUAUAUGAACAUUACAAGGAUGACCGACUACAGGAAGGAGGGACACCCUUCAAUCUAUCGCAAGCAGAAGUUGAGCGAGGAGGAGCGGAAGGCACCUGAGUUAUACCAGGACUGCAGCCACUGGUGCCUUCCUGGAGUGCCCGACUCCUGGAACGAGGUCCUCUAUGCAAAGAUUUUGGUGAAGCAGCAUCAGAUGCUGCACCAAUAAAGGCAAGUGACAAAUUGCUUGUUCCUGUACAUGAGGUUUUGUUGUUGUGGAAUGCCAGUCUGUUUAGGAUAAUAACCAGCCGUAGCGUUCAAGGCAUAUAUAGUUGACAAAAGUGAUAGGGCAAGGACUUUGGAAUCCUUGCAUAGAGCAAACUAGGCAGUUUGUCAGAUAUAUCAUAUCUGACCUUCGAUACAAAUAGGAAAUCUGUAUAGGAUCAUAGGAGUUUAUGAUGUAAAAUUCAUAUCCAGCUAGCAGUACUCAGAAACAAUGAAUAGUGAAUACUGCAUCGAAAAUUCAGAAUAACUCUCUGUUUUUCAUGAAUCCUCGUCUUUCUUUUUCCAGACAGAUACUUUUUUUUUUUCACACGAGGAUGCUAUUGUAGUAAGAUUUUUUUAUUUUCUGAGGUAUUACUAAGCAUUCUUUGAGUUUAUACACAAUAUUAAUAAAUGAAGUGGCUGUUUGAACGUAGCAACAUUUGAAUCA